GGUUUGGCAGAGUGAAAACAGAGAGAAGAGGGAAGACAGUCUUUCUCUGUUGUUGGACUCAUAAACCAUCUUUCUAUCCUUCUCGGCUUCUUUCAUCUUCAGCCAUGGAAUCACACCUGAGACAUCUCUUCAUCUUCAUCAUGUCCUUCACUCUCUUCGUUACCUACAUUUCAGUCGAUGUUUCAGCAACAACCAUAACACUCUACAACAAGUGCACCCACCCAGUCUGGCCCAGAUUCCAAACCAGCGCCGGACAACCCAUCAUCGCACGCGGCGGCUUCAAGCUCCCCCCCAACAAAUUCUAUCCCCUCCGGCUCCCAGCCACCUGGUCCGGCCGCAUCUGGGGCCGCCACGGCUGCUCCUUCAACCCCGCCACCUUCCGCGGCCGCUGCGCCACCGGCGACUGCGGCGGCGCCCUCUUCUGCAACGGCCUCGGCGGCUCCCCUCCCGCCACCCUAGCCGAAAUCACCCUCGGCGCCGAACAAGACUUCUAUGACGUCAGCCUAGUCGACGGCUACAAUCUGGCUAUCUCAAUCACGCCGUUUAAAGGCUCCGGGAAAUGCAGCUCGGCUGGGUGCGUGAGCGACUUGAAUAUGAUGUGCCCGGUGGGACUUCAAGUGAGGUCGCACGAUAAGAAGCGCGUGGUGGCGUGUAAGAGCGCGUGCUCAGCGUUUAACUCGCCGAGGUAUUGCUGUACGGGAAGCUUUGGGAGUCCUCAGUCGUGUAAGCCGACGGCUUAUUCGAAGAUUUUUAAGGCGGCUUGUCCUAGGGCUUAUUCUUAUGCUUAUGAUGAUCCAACUAGUAUUGCUACUUGCAGUGGUGGCAAUUACUUGGUCACAUUCUGUCCUCACCAUUAGUCUCUCUCUCUCUCCCUCCCUCCCUCCCUCCCUCUCCCUUUAGCUUUAUUUAUUUGCUUUCUAUGAUAUGAUAUACUGUAUUAGUGCUUGAUUUGGGACUGUUAUUUGUGAUUUACUAAGCUUUAUUACUUGGCUUAUAUGAUAGAUAAUGAUAUCGUUAGAACCUUUAAUUUUAUGAGAAUUUUACUGUAUUGGUAUUUCAUAUUAGUAUUAAUUUUGUUGGACUA